AUGGAUACUUCUAUCGCUGACAUUCCUGUUUUGGUAGAGAGAUGGAGCUUUGAGAGCCAUUCACCUUCGUCCUUCGAUGAUAGCCGGAACUCCGAGGAUACUGUCUCGCCCGACUACAGUGGUGAGUUCGUCCAGUCUUCAGCAACUUGUGAGGACGACGAUCUCAGAAGAUUGAUGAAGGCUAUGCUCGAUGACCAUGAAAGGUCUUUCCCGGAUCCCCAGCAGGUUGCCGUCAAUCCAGUUUCUCCUCCACAGUAUCAGCAGCAGCAAGAGAUCGAGAGGAGUUUAGUCGACUUUAGGCACCACUCCCACGAUGAAAGAGUGGACUUUGUCUACCCGGAACUUGGAGUGCAAGUGCAUCCCUGGGACGAAGACAUGGACAGCAUCCGUCUCGUCCAUCUGUUGCUGGGAGCUGCCGAAGCCACCGUCUGUGGUGAGACUGAUCUCGCCAUAGCCAUAAUUGACCGCCUGAAAAGCUGCUGCUCCACUCAGUCAGGAACAACAAUGCAAAGAAUUGCGGCUUACUUUCGCGAUGCUCUCAAUUGCAGGCUCCACGGGCUGAAGUUCUUCAGCCGGACCGAGUCUCAGUUCGACACUGUCGGAGCUUUCCAUGUCCUGCACGAGAUCUGCCCCUACAUCAAGUUUGGCCACUUCUCAGCAAACCAGGCCAUCCUCGAAUCCGUGGCCGGAGAGCAGAGAGUCCACAUUUUUGACUUUGAUAUAACGGACGGGGUCCAGUGGCCUUCGCUGAUGCAAUCGCUGGCUUUGAGAGCUGGAGGUCCUCCGCAACUCAAGAUCACUGCUCUCUACCGGCCGAACUCCAAGGGGGCCCUCUCCACAACCCAGGAAACUGGGAAGAGGCUGGCUGCUUGUGCUCGACAAUUCAACGUUCCCUUCGUUUUCAACCAAGUCCGAGUUGAUGGAGAAUCUGAGGAGUUCCUCAGCUCGUCCCUCAAGCUCAUACAAGGAGAGGCACUCGUUGUCAACUGCAUGCUCCAUCUCCCACACAUGUCAUGUCACUCCCGGGAUGCUGUCCGUUUCUUUCUCGGGAAGAUGGCGGCCCUCCGGCCAAGAGUCCUGGCGAUAGUCGAGGAAGAUCUCAGCUGCACGUCGACGACGUUCACGGGACGUUUCCACGAGGCCCUGUACCACUACUCCACCCUCUUCGAUUCCCUGGAAGCAACGCUGGCAUCGGAAGAUGAAAUGCGUUCUCUGGUCGAGCGUGUCUUUUUGGGACCCCGGAUUAAGAACACGGUCACUUCGGCCGUGAGUCGAUCUCCUUUGGAAAAAGAAGCUGUGAGUCACGUAGACUUCUCCGGCAAGAUGGUGAAGAACAGAUGGUCGGGCCUUGCCGAAGCCGUCGGCUUCCAGCAGCGUUCUUUCAGCUCUUAUAAUCGUUGCCAGGCAAGGCUCCUCGUUGGACUGUUUCAAGACGGGCAUCAAAUUCAAGAAGAUGAAGAUACGAUGUUACUUUGCUGGAAAUCCAGACCUUUAAUUGCAGCUUCUGUCUGGAGUUCCAGCAGCGAUCCAGCAUGA